UCUCACUCAACCAACGUAACAUUCAACCAAAUGUUGAGAAUUCAUCUCCAUUUCUUUCUCACCUUAGCAAACUAAAAAAGAAAAACUUCGCAAAGAGAAACCAAAGAAAGAUGAGAACACCAACAUCAUCAAAAACAAAAGUAACACCAUGUUGUAGCAAAGUAGGGUUAAAGAGAGGGCCAUGGACACCAGAAGAAGACGAGAUAUUAACAAAUUAUAUAAAUAAAGAAGGCGAAGGACGGUGGCGUACUUUGCCAAAAAAGGCGGGGCUCCUCCGUUGUGGGAAGAGCUGCCGCCUCCGGUGGAUGAAUUACCUCCGUCCUUCUGUCAAACGCGGCCAUAUUUCGCCUGAUGAAGAAGAUCUCAUCCUUCGCCUCCAUCGCCUCCUUGGCAACAGGUGGUCCUUGAUAGCUGGGAGAAUUCCAGGAAGAACAGAUAAUGAGAUAAAGAAUUAUUGGAAUACUCACCUUAGCAAGAAGUUAAUCAGCCAAGGAAUAGAUCCAAGAACUCAUAAGCCAUUAAUAAACCGUAAUUCCUCUAGUGAUGAUCAUAUUACCAACAAAGCUUCUUCUUCUUCACCUUCUUCAUCUUCAAAAUUAGCAAAUGAUUUCAAUACAAUUUCAAACCCCAUUUACAUUCCUUUCCAAAUGGAAGAGCCAUUAAGAAGUAGUAUCAAUAUUAAUCAUCCUGGAGAAAUUACGAGUCUUGAUGAUUAUCAAUAUCAGAGUAACGCGAUGCUUGCCAAUUAUAAUAUUGAUGAUCUGAAUAUUGUGGUUGAGGAAGAUGAUGAAAUGAAUUGUUGCAGGGAUGAUGUCUUCUCCUCGUUCCUGAAUUCUUUGAUCAAUGAAGACAUGUUCAAUAGCCAAAACCAACAAAUUACCAAUGGCAUGUUCCCAGAUUUUGAUCCUUUGGUUAAUCCUACACAGGAUAAUCAACAAGAGAGUGGAUGAAUGAAGAUGUUUAUGUGCCUUCUCUAAUUACCUUCCCAUGGUUGUAUAAGAAAUAGAAGAAGAAUUUGGAUUCUUAUUGAUUAAUUGUAAGCAAACCAUUCUUUCUCUUGAUGAUGUUCUAGCUUGUCUCUUUAUUGUUUAUAUAUGUAAUUUAUAAGUAUGAAUCUUAACUGUUAUCUUGUAAUAGAAUAUGUAUGUGAGGUUUGCACAUAUCGUAAUGCCAUAAGUAUAUGUUUGAGUUU